AUGGGAAUAACUGUCCAAAACAUCACAGGAACCACAGCAAUGGUCAUUUGGCCAAAAAUGGCGGGUUGUGCCGACAGCUUUUACAGCAUCAUGUACCACCCCAACUGGAACAGCAUGCUAUCCAGUUACUCAAGGAAGAGCUUCCAGAAGGAAGAGAGGGUUCCCACCAGCCGCUCCUCCUUUGUUGUUGAAAACCUCACUCCACUGACCACGUACAUUGUGUGCGUGACCUGCCAGUCUGCAAACCCCUCCAGUGACCAGUGCAGGGUUUUCACCACACUGGAGCGAGACCCGGCGUCCGUCAGCAACACCAAGAGAGAGCUGGCACUGGGCAUCUGGCUCACCAGCAGCGUCCUGCUCCUCAUCAUCGCUGCCAUCCUCCUCUACGGCUGCCUGCACCUCCUGUGCCGCAGGAGACGAGAGCGUCUGCAAGGGCAGAACGGGACCUCCAAGCAAGACCACGGGAGGGUGUGGACCAAAAGUGCAGCGUACGCCUCAGAGGAGCUUGGCAGGCAGAGCCAGCUGAUGCAGGACACCGAGGAGAAGCAUCCAGGCACCAUCCAGCUGGCUACAAUCAUAGAGAACCCCUCAGCAAUCAAGGAGCCAGUCACGCUGACUUCCAAAAGCCGGGAGCGAGUGCCAGUGACAGGACAGUGCUCUGCUAUAAAUUAG